AUGUGGGUGAUCGGCGUGCAGUGCUCUAUCGAGAUGUCGCUUGAUCAUCGUGUCGUCUCUGACCACGUUCGUUGUCGUUGUGUUAGUACGAUAAUACUUGAUCGAUCGGAUCGCAGACGCUGGCGGAGAGGAGGCGUAGGAGGCAGAUGGCAGAGGCUCAGGCAGAUGGCGGAUCAGGAGGACGUAGAGACGACUGUUGAACGUUUCUCUGAUUCGGCUUUCGUUUUUGGACGCAUGUCGUUCAAAAACAUUCAAUCGUUUCGUUAUGCCUGUUAUCCUGAAACCGUUCUGCUGAAACAAAUUCUGAUCGCCAAAUGUUCGUUGCCGAUUCUUGGCCACGCACUCAUUUGCCCUCACGUGCAGUCGUUGUUCGCCGCGUUCGCUGUACGACGUGUAAAGUAA